AUGAAUGAAAGCAAUGGUGAAUUAUCCGAUAUUGAAAAAAUUCUUUUAAAAUAUCCGGGACUCGUGAAGUCACAAUCCAAAAAUAAAGAAUUUGUCUUACAAGGUCCACUAAAAGUCAAUGAUAUUUGGCUCAAUAUUAAAAUAUUCUGUCCCAAUUUCCCACGCAUUAGUAAUUUCCAACUACAAGUACAACAAAGUUUUAAUAUUAGAAGAUAUACUAGUGCCAAACUUGAUAUACCCACAGACUGGUCAGUUGAAGAGUUAAUUGACAAUUUAUCAACAUUAGUGCAACCUGUAGAGACUCCAAUUCAAUUUUUGCCCAGUGUUAAUGAUGGAUUACAAACAAAUAUUUACUCGGAGAUUGCCAAACUGUAUGUACCCUCUGAAUAUGAGAUUGUUCUGAAUGACAAUUGUUCACUGAUUCGUUUUAAAAGAUUUGCACUAAACGAGCAGCACUAUCUAGAAGUAGCAUUACCAAGUUUGCAAAUAUUGGAACAUAGUCUGCCAACGUGUAUAGACUGGUAUGAACUGUUGGGUAAAGCCACUUCCCUAACGAUGAUGUUGCAACAAUACAAAAACUGUUUGGAUGAUUUAAGACCAUUUUAUGAGAAUUUCACUGACAUCGAUGAAUUGUGUCAUGUGGUUCAGCCCCCAUUGCCCACUAGCAAGGCGAAUUGGCGUUUAUUUGUUUUAAAAGAUAAAGUUUAUCUAAAGGUCCAAUUUGCUGAUCCCUUUUCACCACUUAGUUCAAUGUCGGUUUAUAUUAUAGGCCCUACACAGGAAGUUACUCAUCUUAGACGGGUUUAUAGCGAGGGAUUACGUGAUUGGGAUGCCGAAUUGGAUGUUCAUAAAAAUCUUUUACGUAUAUUCGAUUUGUGCUUCUUUCCCAUGACACCGGCAGAAGGUUCUCAAACAUCUUAUCAAUAUUGCAACAUUUGCUAUUGUUAUAAACUCGAACAUGGUGAAAUUCCCAUUGUGUCGUGUGAUAACAACCAUUGUAGUUUAAUAUUUCAUGCUGCUUGCCUAAAAGAAUGGUUUAAUACUCUGGCUGACGGAAAAACUUUUCUUGAUGUUGCCUUUGGUGCGUGUCCAUUCUGUAAAGCGAAAUUGUCAACUUCUUUCCAAGAAAUUUUGGCGUAAUCUCUCAUUUUAAUAAAAAAAAAAAUAGAGGUAUGU